ACCUUUGUCUUUUGCCUCCAUUCCCUUCUCCAUCCACUAAAUGCUCUUUGCCUCUCUUAUUGCUCUUUUGUUAUACUGAACUUUGCAACUCUCUUUCUCCUUCUCCUUCUCUCUACUCCAAUUAGGGUUUCCUUUGAGGGUAUUCACCUGUCAUAAAUCUGUGGAGAGGUUUCUCCUUCAUUUGCUAAGGAGUACUUUAUCUUGGGAAGGAACAAAGAACAUCUAGCUCUUGAAAGAGCUCUUCAAGAGGGAAAAUAAAAAGAGAACAAAGAAAGAUCAAAUGGCUUCGUCCAGCUCUUACAAUUCUCCCUGUGCUGCCUGCAAGUUCUUGAGGAGGAAAUGCAUGCCUGGUUGUAUUUUUGCACCUUAUUUUCCACCAGAGGAGCCACAAAAGUUUGCAAAUGUCCACAAGAUUUUUGGAGCAAGCAAUGUGACUAAGCUCCUGAAUGAACUUCUCCCUCAUCAGAGAGAAGAUGCAGUGAACUCUCUUGCCUAUGAAGCAGAAGCUAGAGUAAGGGACCCGGUUUAUGGCUGUGUUGGGGCUAUCUCAUUCCUUCAAAGACAGGUUCUGAGGUUGCAGAAAGAACUUGAUGCAGCUAAUGCUGAUCUAAUCCGCUAUGCUUGCAAUGAAAUCCCAACAGCAUUGCCUGCACCACCUCCAGGGACAAAUUCUAUGCAGCCAAUGAUUGAUCAUUGCCAAAGGCUAAGAAUGGGUAAUGAAGGAGGUUUUUAUCAACCUCCUGGUAUGGCUCUUCCUUAUAGUUUUCCAUGGAAUGAUAACAAUGAAGGAGGGGGAGGGGGAGGGGGAGGGGGAGGGGGAGGAGGAGGAGGAGGAGGAGAAGGGAACAUGUGA